UACAAAUGCUCUAAAUGAAUACAAGGUUGAAUAUGGUCUCUAAGGAAAUGGAGGACAGAUAUUUUCAGUUUGUUUCCCAACCUACCUCAUCUGCGCUUUCCUGAUCAACACAAAAACAUGAAUGGGUCUGAUCCAUUCUUCACAUUCUGAUGUUCCUGUUUCUCUUUUCUCAUGGACAGGGAAUUGAUUGUGAUGAAGAUGAAAUAUCAGAAAUCAGCCUGGAAGAUGGGGAGGAUCUUCCUCCAAGCAUCCCAACCACAGCUUCUCUGGAUGCGGCUGAUCUUCCUCCUGAAAGCGUCAGCAAGGAACAUCUGAAGGCCAGAUUUACGGAGGUCAUCGCCACGAUGAAGAGUGGGAAGAUCCGAAGGAAGGCGCUCCGAGAUCUUUCCGCCCUCCUGCAGAAGAUCCAGGAAUAUCCUUCGGAAGCGCUUCCUGCAUCCUCCCUUGGCCAACUGGUGGCUAUUUCCUCUCUGUGCGCACUGGAUCCGGACCUGGAGUGCAAGCAGCAGGCAGCAGAGGCCCUCUGCCAUCUUCUGCCCAUUCUGCAGCACAACGAAGAGACACUGGCAGGAACGUUAAGCAACCAAAUACUUAUCACCAGAGCUGAGAAGGUCCUCAAAUCCACUGGAGGACCGGUUCCUGCAUUGUUCGUGAAUAAUUGUUACCAUCUUGCCAGGGUCUUUGGCGCCUUUCUCCCUGCGGAGCAGCUCUUGGAGGCCAUGUGCUUCCUGGCCAGAGACCUAGUUGUCGAGAGCAGCUUCAACCCACUGGAUAUCUCCCACUUACUGCAAGAAUUCAUCAAGCAGUUUGGCGGCACAAAAGUGGAGGUGAAGGUGCUGCUGGAGGCCUUCUAUAAGAUCGCCCAGGGGCCUACAGUGCAAGGCAGAGACAUGGCCGUCGUUGCUUUGUCCACCCUGUCACACCAGCACCUGGUGGAAGUGGUGGAAUAUCUCUUCCAGUUUCUCUUCAGGUAUGGAGCCCUCCAGGUUCGACUGGGCUAA